GCGCCUGACGAGGAGGAUUACGGCCGUACAUGGAUGUGGAUGCCUGAUGGUGAUGGCAAACCGCAUGUUGCCUAUCUAACCGAGCCACCUGUGGAUAGUCAGCAAGACGAUGUGCCGGAUUUCGUGCAUGUGGAGCUUUUUGAUAGGACAAAUACCGCGAGUCCAACAACAAUACAAAUAUCUGUUGCCAAUAAAACUACCAGUGAAGUUCGGCAUAGUAGACAGAAGCGCGAUACUUGGGAAGAGAUGGCCGGUAAAUUCAACGCCGAUUUGGAUACGAAGAUUUUGGUACACGGUUGGAAGUCGAGUACGACCAGUGACUCAAUACAGUCUAUACGCGGUGCAUACACUUUGCGUGGGAAUUUGAAUAUUUUCGCAAUCAACUGGCGCGAUCAAGCGGAUAAUAUUUACUAUCUGAAACCCGCACGUUACACCGUGCAAGUCGGCCGAGCUGUUGCUAAGCUUAUUGAUCUACUUGUUGAGGAAAAGGAUGCUGACUCCAAGCGUAUACAUCUAAUCGGUCAUAGCUUAGGGGCGCAUAUAAUGGGCUACGCAGGUUCCUACACCAAAUAUCGUGUUGGCAGAAUCACAGGUGGUGGCAUUGAUCCGAGACAAUUUCCCAAUAAUACUUCACAGACUUUAUUUAAUUGCAAUAACAAUCUAGGUCUCGAUCCUGCCAGACCGGCUUUUGAGAACUGCAGCGGACCGGAGCAUCAUUUAGAUCCAUCAGAUGCAGAUUUCGUUGAUGUCAUACAUAGUUGUGGUGGCGUUUUGGGCUUUCGUGAUCCAAUUGGUUAUGUGGAUUUUUAUCCGAAUGGCGGCGGCGCACCGCAACCGGGCUGCACAGAGAUUUCACAAAUAUUUACUGGCUGUAGUCACGGUCGUUCCUAUGAGUACUUUGCGGAAUCCAUACAUAGUGAGAAAGGUUUCUAUGCUGCACCUUGUUCAUCGUUGAAAGAGUUAAUCGGUCGUAAUUGCACGGGUACCAAGAUAUUAAUGGGUGAUCCGGUGCCGUUGAGUGCGCGUGGCAUUUACUAUUUGAAGACUGGUAGUAAACCAGGCUUCGCUUUGGGUUUGGACUGACGCCAAUAUAUUUUGGAGCAGAUCCGUAAUUAUCUUCUCUGAAAGCAGUGUUCAUGUAUAGGGUAGAGCGAG